AUGGCGGAAAGGAAGAGCUCCCCCAAAGCCAUCAAGUUCCUCUUCGGGGGGCUGGCAGGGAUGGGGGCCACAGUCUUCGUACAGCCAUUGGAUCUGGUGAAAAAUCGGAUGCAGCUCAGUGGAGAAGGAGCCAAAACCAAGGAAUACAAAACCAGUUUCCAUGCUGUUGGCAGCAUCCUGAAAAAGGAAGGAGUGAGAGGCAUCUACACAGGGUUAUCGGCUGGUCUUCUGCGCCAGGCCACCUAUACCACCACGCGUCUUGGUAUUUACACCAUCUUGUUUGAGAAGCUGACGAAGGAGGAUGGCACACCACCUAACUUCUUCAUGAAAGCUGCUAUUGGGAUGACGGCGGGGGCCACUGGAGCCUUUGUGGGGACACCAGCAGAAGUGGCUCUUAUUAGAAUGACUGCAGAUGGAAGGUUACCUGCUGACCAGAGGAGAGGAUACACCAAUGUGUUCAAUGCUCUAGUGAGGAUGAGUAGAGAAGAGGGGAUCACCACACUGUGGAGGGGCUGUGUACCCACCAUGGCUCGCGCUGUUGUUGUAAAUGCUGCACAGUUGGCAUCCUACUCCCAAUCCAAGCAGUUCCUACUUGAUUCAGGAUAUUUCCGGGAUGAUAUCUUGUGUCACUUCUGUGCUAGUAUGAUCAGCGGGUUGGUCACUACAGCUGCCUCUAUGCCCGUCGACAUCGCAAAAACCAGGAUACAGAAUAUGCGAAUGAUAGAUGGAAAGCCUGAGUACAGGAAUGGAUUGGAUGUCCUUAUGAAGGUGGUGCGGUAUGAAGGAUUCUUCAGCCUCUGGAAAGGCUUCACCCCUUACUACGCCCGGCUGGGACCCCACACUGUUCUGACCUUCAUCUUCCUAGAACAGAUGAACAAAUACUAUAAGAAGUUUUUCCUGAGUGGAUGA